AUGUCUCCUAUCUCACACAACAAAGCCCUAUCAAUUGCAGUCAGACUUAGAUACAGAAAGUCUACCGCUCAAGUAGCAAAGAUUGUUGGUGUUCCGCAGUCUACUGUCAAGAGAUACAGACAAAAAUAUAUAAUUUCUUUCUCAGUUUCUGGAGAUUUUGCUGUGAAGACUUCAGCAAUCCAUACCUUGUUGAAAGCAUCUGGGUUAACUGUCAUCUAG